AUGGCUUGUCUUCAUGACUUAACAGUACAGAACACUCAUUUUGUAAUAGAGUCCAGUUCUGUGGUACAGCCUGUAUCAUUUCUGCUCCUAAAGACCUUCUCCAUGGCUGAUCUCGUGGUCUUGGUUUGGACAUCAGUGUUAUUGACCUCAGCAUGCUGCCUGACACAGAAACAAGAGGAACUUGCAGCCAAAGUACCAGGUCAAUCAGUCACAACCCUGAAAAAAGAUCCAAGGAAAAUGGAGUUAACCUGGGACAACAGUGACAACAUCACAAUGCCCACAGAUGUAAUGAAAACACACAAUUCACCAGUGUUGGACAAGAACUAUAUCAGGAAAAUCUGCUGUGGCUUUUCUAAUUGUAAUUUGAGAUAUGAAGCCAUGUUUCUAGAUUCUCUGACUAUGUAUCAGAACACAUCCAAAAAAGAACUUAUUUUUAAUGAUACUGGAGACGAUACCGCUGCUAAAAACUUCUCCUGUCAUGUUUACAAUGUCGAGUUCAUGAACUGCACUUGGACAGUAGGCAGAGCUGCUCCAAAUGAUGUCCAAUAUUACCUUUAUUCACAGAAUGCUAAGAGACAACAAGAAAGAGAAUGUCCUAGUUACAUAAAAGAUUCCCAGAAGAGGCACGUUGGAUGUCACUUUGAUAAAGUUGAUGGAUUCAGAGGCAAAGGUUACUUCCUUGUAACUGGUACCAGCAAAAGAAGGGAAAUCAGUAAUUUGUGUUCUGGUACAAUUUCACUUCUUUCAAUAGAAAUUUGGGUUGCACCAUCUAAUAUCACUGUGAACUGCUCAAAGUCAAAUUGUCUCAUACGGUGGCUGAAACCCAAAACAAAACUUCGUAUUGGUGAUGCUGAAUUUAAAUACCAGCUUUUUAUACAAAAACAGGACUUGCAGUACACUCAUAAUGAUGAGGUGAACAUACCAGGAUCUCCAAAAAAUGAAUAUGACUUCCAAAAUUAUGACAUGGAAAUAAAGCAUAUUUUGAAAAUAAGAGCAAGUCGUCGAGAUGGGAAUUGGGGUGAAUGGAGUGAACCUAUAGAGUUUGGAGGUUAUGAAAAACCAAAAAGUAGUCCUACGUACGUGUAUAUUUACAUAUUGGUGAUAUUUGCGACAGCUGUCCUUGUACUAAUUAUCAUGUUUAUCUUUAAAAGGUACUUUGUCAUGCAAAGGUUGUUUCCCCAGAUUCCUCAGAUUAAAGACAAAGUGAAUACCUGUGAUCACCUGGAUAAACAGAUCAUCUGGGAAGAAUUUAAACAUCCAGAAAAAUGUGAAGAGAUAAUGACUAUAGAUGUAAUAGGAUGAUGUCUAAUGCCAGAGGAGCAUGUGAAUUUUCCCAACGCUACUACCCGUUGGAGUUUUAGGAAAUUUUAUUUUUUUUAUAUUUUGUUUGUCUCAGCAGAGAGGUAGUUUGGCAUGGUGAGUAGAGAACAAGCUUCAAAGCCAAGUCCUUAGCCCUCCUCCAAACGUUCUUGUUUCUGUUGAGGGCACCAUUAUCCUUCCCAUCACCUGUGUUUGCAACCUUGGAAUCAUCGUUGACUUUUUCCUUUUGUACCCACCUCCAUCUCCAAUCAGUUGCCAAAAUUUGUCAAUUCUACUUCCACAACCCUUGAUUCCAUCCUUUUCUCUCCAUGCACAUGACCACUACACCUCGUGGGGCCUCUUUACUGCUUUCCUAGAUUACUUCAGUUUCCCUGCUUUCAUUCUUUCCCCCAUCCAAUCCAUCUUACACACAGUUUUAAAAUUAAUGUGCCAGAUCUGACAGUAUAAAUACUACCGGGCCCAAGGGCUGCUUCACCCAAUCCUUCUCCAUUAAGGGGCCCUUGACUGAACCCAUGCAAGUAGUACAGACUGAGUUCAGUCCUGGAGAACUUUAGCCUCUGGUGAGAGAGGGCUAGACUCCUUUUCUCUUAUUCUUUAGCAGUUUAUACUUCUACCCUGGACAGCUAGGUGGUACAGUAGAUCGAGCGCCAGCCCUGGAGUCAGAA